CGCAUACUACUAAUACUGCUGCUGCUGCUGCUGCUGCUGUUGCUGCUACUGCAACUGCUGCUCGAUCGAGUGAUCUCUCGGUGAUUCACUUCCGGCAAGGACUGAGCACCUCAGGAGCACCUCGCUAGGAGUCCCGUAGCCAGUUACCAAAUACGUACCAUGUCGAACUCGUACGCGACUGCAGGUGCACGGCCAACGUCACGAUGGAAGCGGUUCGUGAAAUCGAAUCUGCUCACCUUCCUGACCGUGGUAGGCGUGUUUGGUGGUACUGCGCUCGGACUCCUGCUGAAAAAUUCGGAAGAACCCUGGACACAGCGUGAGGUGAUGUAUAUCCAGUAUCCGGGCGAUCUGUUCUUACGAAUGCUCAAAUGUCUAAUCGUUCCGCUGCUCGUUUCGUCAAUCACCAGUGCGAUUGGUUCACUGGAUUUGAGCAUGUCGAAAAAGAUCGCCUUCCGUGCGAUCAUCUACUACUUCACUACGACAGUUUGUGCUGUCGUGCUUGGUAUUAUUUUGGUCACUACUAUUCGACCUGGAGCGGGCCGUGAAGUAACCACCGUUGGUAAAGCUACCACACGACAAGUACUCACUGCUGACACACUGCUGGAUCUAGUGAGAAAUCUCUUCCCACCAAACAUCAUCCAAGCCACGAUGUUCCAAUUCCGAACCAUCCUUGUCCCUCCAGCAAAUGCUACCGGCGUACCCUUGACGCAGUACAAAAUUACAUCCGAGUUUACUGAAGGGACCAACGUACUAGGCUUGGUCAUGUUCAGUGUCGUCCUCGGGACGUGCAUAGGCAAGAUGCGCGAGAAGGGUAAGCCCUUGUUGGGGCUGUUUGAAACGCUCAGCGAAGCCAUGAUGAUCAUCACGUCGUGGGUUAUCUGGAUCUCUCCGAUCGGUGUACUCUUUCUGGUUGCGGCCAAACUGCUCGAGAUGGCUUCGUUUGUCGAAGUUCUGGGACAGUUGGGCUGGUACUUUAUGACUGUGAUGCUGGGACUGGUUCUGCAUGGCUUCGGCACAAUUUCAGUAAUAUUCUUCCUGACCACGCGAAAAAUUGCGUUCCCGUACAUUGGUAAAAUGAGCCAGGUAUUGGCAACUGCAUUCGGCACUGGAUCCAGCUCGGCUACGAUGCCAAUCACUAUUCGCUGCCUGGACAACAUGGGUAUUGAUCCACGUGUGACCCGGUUCGUUAUUCCCGUUGGUGCUACAAUCAACAUGGACGGUACUGCACUUUACGAGGCUGUUGCUGCCCUCUUCAUUGCUCAGCUUCGUAAUAUUCAUCUUACCUUUGGUCAUAUUGUUGCUGUGAGUGUGACUGCAACAGCUGCCUCCAUCGGUGCGGCUGGAAUCCCGCAAGCUGGACUUAUUACGAUGGUCAUGGUGCUGGACACCGUAGGGUUGCCUGCCGAGGACGUGACCAUCAUUAUUGCUGUCGAUUGGUUGCUCGAUCGAUUCCGCACGACAAUCAACGUGAUGUGCGACGCACUGGGAACGAUUCUAGUGAACUCCCUAUCGAAGAAGGAUUUGUCCGGCGACGCCAAUGGCCAUCUGGAACUGGCAGAACCACACGAGCUAGUGGAGCUACGGCCAGAUCAAAAAGAAUAAAGGUGUUCCCUUGAAUGGAUCGUCCUUGGACCGUCGACAUACCAUCAACCUUUUCACUUCACCCAUCGAUUUUAACACGUGCUUCAUUGUUGAUCCGGAAGUCGCUGUCGACGCACGUGGACGAUUGUGUGUCAGUCUUGUGCGUAAUGGUCGCCUAAAUGGACGGCUUAUUGUUUUCGGACGACGGACAAAAGCAAUUUCGUUAAAUUCCAUCCGGGAAGUGGUUAUUUGCACAACCAUGAAAAUCUUUCUGGAUAAAUUCAAUGCUAGGCUGGCUGGAAUGCUCAACAUCAUGCGUCUUUUUUUUGUGAAACCGAGUGAACACUGCCUGCUCACCAGUUCAGCAUAGCCAGUAACGGAAUCGAAUCGUCCCAGCCUGCCAUCACACGAUUGAACUAGACAAUAGCCAACAGUUGUAUACACAUGUUGUGAAAAAAUGCACAUCGUUCGAACGAAAAUUAUUUCUUGAUAGUUUAUCCAUAAUUCGUCGUUAGAGUAAGCUACAAAACCAGUAUCUAUGUAAGCGUACAGAACAGGUGCGUAUGAGGAUGAUCUAACGUGAUCCAACAUACACGCAUUAUAGACAAAAGACCAGGUCUCAUAGGCCAGGAUACAGAUAUACGGAAAGAUAUUUUGGCGGGGUUACGAGUCGAUACGAUCCAACAAUACAGUUGCAGGAGUGUAGAAAUUUCUCGACUCAUCCCAGCCUAGAUGUUAUAUUUAUCAUAUCAUACAGAUGUGUACAACCCAUUAGACGAUCUUGAUGUCAAUCCUGCUUUAAUGAAUUAAGCAGCGUUACCAUUUCGAUGCACAACAAUGAUGGAAUUGUUCCGUGCUUAAUGAAGAGGUUCCCAACUUCAUUUUCCCGUUUUUUGUGUGAGUUUAUCAAACUUGUUGUUAUGAUGACUUUAUCUUGAAACAAAUUAUUUUCUUUGCUCUCGGUUACAUCUGCGCAUCAAAUCCGUAGUAAUAGCACUGUAGGAGGUACGAAUUUAAUGUAUUUGGAAGGCUCUUUGGGGUGGACACCGCGUGAGCAAAAGUUUUUGUAUAUUUAAAAAUACUUACAAAUAUAUUUUAAUGGUUUA